AAACCUUGGAAUGAGCGAGAGAGCACGGAUAAAUGGGCAGACUCGAAUGUGGAUGAUCAGCUGAUUAUACACAUACCAUUCUCCGAGAAUGUACGCGUCAAAUCUCUUCUUCUCAAACUGGGUCGAGGAGAGGUCGCACCGCGACACCUGCGUAUAUACGCGAACCAUCCUCACAUCGUCGAUUUCUCUGCGGCUGAAGAUAUGAAGCCCGCAUUGAACAUUAGUCUCUUGGAAGGUGAAGCUGGAGUGUCCGAAUACCCAUUACGAGUAGCGUCAUUUUCCAGCAUCAACACGCUUUCGUUGUUCUUCAGCGACUCUCCGGGUGGAGAUUCUUCUCGGAUAUACUACCUCGGUUUCAAAGGCGAGACGAGGUCGAUGAAGAAGGAAGCUAGCAACAAGUUAGAGAUACCGGCGGCGAACGCCGCUGAUGCGCCUAUUGUAGAUCGUCUGGCGCAGAGGUCAGCCGCUCAACAACCCACGGCAAAGUAA